UUUCUCGGUUUCGCGCGUCGUCGUACGGGAUAUCUGGCCGUCGUUGACGUCGACGUGCCUCUGACCGCUCGCCGUCCGCGCGUGUGGCGUGUCCGCGAUACUCCUCGCGUCACGCGGCGUAAUCGCGCCGGAGGAUUUUCGGGGAUCCCAUCGGGGCGCGUCGUGUGCUGCGGGGACAGCGGGGCGUACCGAGAAUGCGCGCAGGAGAGAUUCGAGUGACCACGGUCGAAAGAAUGGAGGCCAUGGAUGUGGACGGAGAUUCGGUGGUGGAUCUGAGCAUCAGCGGUGGUAGGCGUAAUUCCCCGUCUCUUUCUGUGAAUUCUGGUGAUAUCCCGUUGGACUUGGGGGUUCACUAUUCCUCCGGCUCCAAUUUGGAGAACAGUAUGCCAGAGGCACGUAAUAUACAGAACGCAGCCCGUGGUAUCUUGGCUCCUAAACGGUCACAUGGGGACGAACGUAAGCCACGUCGUAAUCUUAGACCUAGAAUCGAAAGAAGUUACGCCGAGAGUCCUGAUGAGCCUAGGAUGAAUGGAUAUCUAAAUGGAAAUGCUUCAGACAGCGAUGAAGGUGACAUGCCUCCGUUGGUGCCAAUCAAGGAACUGUCAUCCGAUGAGUUGGCUGAACGCGAAAGACUGCUAAGAAAAUAUAGAGAAGAGCUUAAAUCCGAGGAAAUGAAACUAGUGCUUUUGAAGAAAUUGCGUCAGUCUCAACAACUGAAAGAGAACAUUGCGACAGCACCUAAAGUGCUCAACAAAUUACCACCGCCAGUAACGGCGCAGCAGGUGCCUCAUAGAGCUGGGAAAGCACCUCCGCCUUUACUUAAGGGUCAGCCUGCACCGAGCAGAAGUAGUAGUUUACAUGCUCCACCACCUGGGAUGGUACUGCCUCCUAACGCUGGUCGAAAUGCUAUUCCAAGUACAGGCGGGAUGCCUCCUAACAUGGUGAUACCACAACCACCUCAUCCUAGAGGAAGACCACCCAGUGUAGCGGCGGCGAGUGUCUCAAGUUAUCAUGCGCCAACGGAUAGAACGGAGAGGUCUACAAAGGAUCCAACACCGGCUCCAGCGCAUCAACUGCUUGCUGGAUCGCAAGAAAAUAAAACCACCGCAUCCUUAAGCACACCUGUGAAUUCGGAACAGGAGAGAACAUCACGAGACGAGACACCUGCUCAACGUCAAGCAGCUGCCAAAAUGGCUCUAAGGAAGCAGCUCGAAAAAACAUUAUUACAAAUACCACCGCCAAAACCGCCACCGCCAGAGAUGCACUUUGUGCCGAAUCCCUCCAAUACGGAAUUCAUAUAUCUGGUUGGUUUGGAACACGUGGUCGAUUUUAUAACGAAAGAACCGGCAAUACCGCCACCUCCUGAGCCAUUCGAAUGCUCACAAUGCAAAACAGAUUUCACGCCCGUAUGGAAAUGGGAAAAACCUAUGCCUGGUGGUAAAAAGGACAGUCCUAGGGGGCAGCAUGCGACUUUCCAACGUCCAUCAGCAGGUCGCGAUCCUAGAGUCAUAUGUGAGCAUUGUGUGACAACUAAUGUGAAGAAAGCGUUGAAAGCAGAGCACACUAAUCGAUUAAAAACUGCUUUCGUAAAAGCGCUACAACAAGAGCAGGAGAUAGAGCAAAGGUUAGCACAAGCUGCGUGUCCGAGUCCAGAUCCUCCAGCUCCGAAACCAGUUCAUCCGCCAGCACCUACGUUGACGCCAACGCCUCCCGCGCCGAAACUGCAAGAGCAUCCCUUGGUGAAACUGGCCGAGAGCGGAAAGUUCAGUCCACAUCAUGCAGCUGCUGCGGCAGCCUUGCAGCAACAAUUGCUCAGAGAAUUGGCUAAGAAUCCAGUACCGGGUAUACCACCGCAUCAACCUCUUCCUGCUCACAUGAUGCCGCAUUUUACCUCGAUACUGUAUCCCUACCAAUUAGCAAUGGCUGCCGGCGGCAAAGGCCUCGUAGAGUUACAACGACAAGCAGCGGAUCUUCAACGUCAAUAUCUGCUCGACAUGAUUCCGUCGCAGACGUCUCAAGCGCAAAGCAAUCAAGCACCACCAAGAGCCCAUCCACAUAACUGGAAAACGUAACCGGACGCAUUUAAAGGAUGAUGUAACAGUAAAUACGAAUAAACAGUGAAAACGUGUGUAACGAAAGAAAUGGAGAAAAGCUAGGGAGAAUCUAGUAAAGUGUGCAGUCGUAAUUCUGUACGCCUGAAUUACACUAUGCCAACAUAAGUGUCUCAGUUAAGGUGAAGCUCAACUUGAAGUACAUCGGAAAAAUGACAUUCGUUAGUAUUGUAUAAAGAAUAAUCGUUGUGAAUAUGUCAAUUGACGUGUACGUUUAUGACUUUAUCGUUAUCUAAGGGGUAAAGGUUUUAUUUCCGUCACUGAAAUACACACUCAACGUACGUAUGAGUUGGGAUACAGAAUCGCGUUGUAAGUAAUUCAUUGUUUAGUGGAGACCAACUAAACUCUCCCGAAUUGGAAAUGUUCAUUUCCUUUUUUCUAAUCUUUCCUCGUACACAUAUGCGUUAUCAUUUUGUUAACGUUGUCUAUUGAACAACUGAUAUAUAAACAUAAUAAUUAAUUUAAGUGUAUCGACAAGCAUAUUAUAACAUUGAAUGCAAUUGCUUGAAUUGUGAACACCGAGUUGUCUAACUAAGCGCAAGUGAACGAUCAUUUUGCUUUUAUACUACUAUUUGUUUCUUUGUAUCACACAUAUAUCCUAUCUCUUUUUGUUAUAUACAAAAUGAUGAUAUGAAUUUUAUUAGCAAAGUUAUAUAUUACCGAACCUAUUUGUGCAAGAUAAUAUAUUUCUUCUCUUUGUUUAUGAGAAAUAUUUAGCAUAAUAAAAAGCAAAAUAAAAAUGCUCGCUCGCUUGCAUGAUAAAGUCACAAAUUAGACAACUCUGUUAUACAAUAUAAUAUAAAGAACCAAAUAGACAUUUACACAAGGCACUAAAUAAAUCAAUAAUAAGUGUAAAAUGACUGCAAAAUCGGAUUAUUAACAAUAAUAGGGAUAAUCGCGAGAGGAAAGGCACGAAUGUAAGACGAGGUAACGAAUGUUGAUGGAAAGGAUCUUUUUAGGCCCUUAGAUAGUUAAUACGAUUUUUGCCGUUGAUUUGCCAAGUUUUGCAAUCAUCGGCAGUACCUGUACUAUGUGUAUAUCUCAUUUUCUCCGAACUGUAUUUUUAAGGCAAGUUUAACGCAAGAUAGAGCAGUAGCUACAUACGAGAAAAAAGAAAAAAAUGACCUUUGUAAGAAAGCGCGUAUGAGUGUGAUGUUAAGCCAGCACAUGUGAGAUGUAUAGCAAUCUUUUUCUCUCUCGAUAUACGAAGUAUGCAUCAGCGAGUUUCUAAUGAAGAGCGACACGUGUGUUAUUCGCGCACAGAUAUGAUUUUCUUGUGCGACGUUAAGUCGUACGUUAAGUCGGGCUCGCAGAAUACUCGGGCGAUGUAUACACGACUUAACUGGGACUGUUCUUGUACGUUAAAAACGAGACUCAAACGAAUCUUCAAUGGUAAUCGGGAUUCGAGUUAACGCAGCGCGAUUAAUUUUCAUGUCACAUUCAAUGUAAAAGUAUUUAAAGAAACUUACUAGAGGAGAUACGUAAUCGAGAUUUUUGCGAAUUGUUACAACACGGCGACCGCCGGAUUUUUACGACAUCCUCUACGAGAGUCUGCACUUGAACGAGUUAAAAAGUAUCCGGCACUUGUCCCCAAUAUUACCAGUCCUUCCUCCACCCCGUUCCUCCUCCACUAAUAGUCUGAUUUAAUUAAUUCUGGGCUAACCGAUCUUGGUCUCAUACAUUUCCGAAUCAAUUAAAUAUAUAGUACUAUAGUCUUGAUAUUUCUCGGUAUAUGAUACAACUUAAUAAACUAAAAUAGCGCAUAAUCAUCUCUCUUUGUACUACGUGAUAGAUUUUGAACUCGUACUUGAUAUACAUGUACACCAUAAUAAGUCUACGAUCGCAUAAUAGAUCAAGAUCUGUGUUUUUUGUGUAAGAAAAAAACGUAAUAAUAUGUCGUCAACUAAUUACCGUCAUCGGGGCACUACCGUCGUCGUCGUUGUCGUCGUUAUUCUAAGAUGAGAUCCGAGAGCGAAAUAGAAUGACAACGUGAAGGAGGAGAGAUUCUUAAAAGCUUGAACGUACUUCCCCGAGAAAAUAGCAAUAUUUUAUAUAAU